AUGGCGAACAAAAAAGGCCAGCAGGAAAUGGUCCAGGUUGACAAGUCGGAACGUGCUGAAUCGCCCUUCUGGGCUGGCCGAAAUACGUCUUUAAACCAGGGAUCAUCGAAGUUCUAUGGCUCGAAUACUGUUGUUGGCGCAUCAUACUCACAUGCCAAUAUUGUACAACCUACCUCCUCCCACUCAGCCCCGAGAACACCACCGAAGCCAUCGACUACAAAUUCUGCAUCAAACUUGUCUCGCAGGCCAGGAAACCUAGUCGCCUCACCUCCCCGGCAACCCUACCCCGGAAUUAUGACUGAAGGGGUCGAUGAGUGGAGCCGUGACCCCACGGAAGAUGACGAAGAUGAUGAUGAUGACGACGAGAUUGUGUACGAUGACGAUGAAGAUGAAUUCGGACUUCCUAGUCUUGCUAGUAUGAGGAGGAAAAAAUCUGCACCUUUGAAAGCUCAGAAUAUUGAUUUCAGUGGUGGGGCAGCAGGAAGCUCCUCAACACUUGGGUAUGGAUUAGCAGCCGCAAACAGGCUGCGCGCGAACAGCGCAGAUAUUGCGGAAGAGCGUGGUGCUCCACUGUAUCCAACUGCUCGCAAGGGGGAUGGGAAGAUCCUUCGACCUCAGUACAAGGACAUCUUACAAGACCCUGCCAAUGCUUUGAAUCUCAUCAACCACUCCGCACCUCCUAUAGAUGCUUCACCCAAAGAGAGGGACAUCCAUUCGAGUCGCAUUACGCGAAUUAACAAGUUCAAGCGCAUCUUGCAAGCAAGUACAGUAUCUCCCACCGAGCUGCGGGAUCUCGCGUGGUCAGGUGUCCCCGAGGAGGUGCGGCCAAUGACUUGGCAACUUCUCCUUGGCUACCUUCCUACAAACAGUGAGCGCCGCAUCUCCACCCUGGAACGGAAGCGCAAGGAGUACCUUGACGGAGUCCGGCAGGCCUUUGACCGUGGUAGUGGGGCAAGCUCUGCAAACCCCCCUUCAACCAAGGGCCGGGGCAGAGGACUUGAUGAGGCGGUUUGGCACCAGAUUAGCAUUGAUCGGUCUUUGGAACGCAUCCUUUAUCUUUGGGCUAUCCGACACCCAGCAAGUGGUUAUGUUCAAGGUAUUAAUGAUCUGGUAACACCAUUCUGGCAGGUCUUCCUGGGCGUUUACAUAACCGAUCUGAACGUCGAAGAAGGCAUGGACCCAGGUCAAUUGCCUCGGAGUGUGUUGGACGCGGUGGAAGCGGACACUUUUUGGUGUCUGACAAAGCUACUGGACGGUAUCCAGGACAACUACAUUUAUGCUCAGCCUGGAAUUCAUCGACAGGUCAGGGCACUACGAGACUUGACAGUGCGCAUAGAUGCAGCACUUGCAAAGCACCUGGAACAAGAAGGUGUAGAAUUUAUGCAAUUUAGUUUCCGGUGGAUGAACUGCUUGCUCAUGCGGGAAAUGAGCAUCAAAAACACCAUACGCAUGUGGGACACGUACAUGGCCGAGGAGCAGGGCUUCUCUCGAUUCCACCUUUAUGUUUGCGCCGCAUUCUUGGUCAAAUGGACAGAUCAACUGGUCAAGAUGGAUUUCCAGGAGGUUAUGAUGUUCCUCCAGGCAUUGCCAACGAAGGGUUGGACCGAGAAAGACAUUGAACUCUUACUCAGCGAAGCAUUUAUCUGGCAGAGUCUGUUUCAAGACUCACGUGCUCACCUCCGGCCUGCUGGUGAUGAACCUCCUGAAAAUGGUAUCUUUUAUUGA